AUGCUGGCCUGUGUAUGCCAGCCGGCAGACCCUUCAGUUUUUAGACGAUCCCCCAUACCCCUUGGGGCACCACCUCUGAAAAUUUCUGUUAACAAGGGCGCUCUUCCUAAGCCAGGAAGAUCGGUAAGAGUAAAUCCUCCGUACUUCUCCCCGACACCGAAAGAGAAACCUUUAAUUGGUUGUUCGGAAAGAUUAGUUCAAAUCAAUGUUAAAGCCACUGGCGCAAAAAGUAAAACGAAAAUUGUUAAGAAAGAUGCCGAGACUGAUACCAGAGGUAGUAACGAUCAAAUGGUACAAACGUCGAGUAAAGAUAAUUGUGAUAAAGCAACCAGAAAAACUAGUGAUAUAUCGCAAAGAAGAAACAGUCAAGAAAAAGCUGAGGAAAUUUGUGAAAACUGUGAUAAAAAUGAAGAAGGAACGAGUGGGGAAUUGGACAAGUUACCAGACGGUGUGCAGUUGACGCUGACCGAACUGCGCGACAUGGCGUGCAGGCAGCAGGCGCAAAUCGAUUCACAGCACCAGCUACUGACCGCCAAGGAGCAGCGCCUGCGCUACUUGAAGGAACAGGAUGCACGAGCGCAACGCGUCCAGGCCGAGAGCGAGCGGCUGCGCAGGCUGCGCGACCGUGUCGAGGCGCAGGAGUUGAAGCUGCGCAAACUGCGCGCGCUCAGGGGCCAGGUGGAUCAUCAGAAACAGAACAAUAUUAGUCUCACAAGUGACCUUGAUUCUAUACGAGCGCUCUUCAAUGAAAAAGAGAAGGAGCUAUCGUUGGCGGUGGCCAAAGUGGAAGAACUCACCAGACAACUUGAAGAAUUGAGAAGAGGAAGAACGAACAGGGAUCCACCGCCUGCUUCAGCUUUAGAACUUGAUAAAUUGAGACGAGAGUUGAUGUAUCGAAACAAAUUAAACGAGCAGCAAAAUCAAAGGCUAAACCAGCAACGAGAAGCACUUACAGCCAGACAAGAGGAAAUGAGUUCCAUCGAUAAACGGAUAUCGGAACUGCAGGAACGGUUGCAACGUAAGAGGCUGCUCAACCAACAACUGGCCAGUCAGAUUAGUGCGGCGUCUCAUAAGGCCGCUUACCACCAAUUUGUACGAUUAACUGGAACGGCAGAACAAAACAAUCAAGCAUUCGCAAGAAGUCAACAUCAAAACAACAAUAUUCCACCAAAUGGUUUGUUGCGAAGCAACAUUGCUGCAGUAGAACCUUACAACCAUGUUCCUUUACAACAAAAUAUCAGGAGCAACCCUACGCAAGAGCAUACAGCAUAUCACCCCGCAUAUCAACCAAACCACCAACAUAUCAAACAAGAAUCGAACCCUAUCAACAUCAACGAUGUCCAAGCGUUGGCCAAUAAAAUGGCCAACGUUUACAUACCCAGGAACGAGGAAGAUAAUCUUAAAGAAUUCAACGUAUCAAAAUCUGAUCCCAAAUAUCAGACGCUACCUUACAAUACGAAGUUUACAGUCAAUUUGUUAAAUAACAACAAAAAGGGUGAUUCGAAUAGCAACGAUAAAGAUGACAAUAAUUACUUGACAUCUGUUAGUAGCAAUGCUAAUAGUGUUAUACAGGCUGCGCAUAUGAUGGUGCAUAGUGCUCCACUAAGUCAGGUUAAUAAAAAUAUAGCAACCCCAUUAAACCAGCACGAUUUGCUCAGUAGAAAAAAUAGCGACGGAAAAGAUCAAAACCUCUUUUCCAACAUCGCUAAAGAAGAUCAUAUUUCAAGAUCCAAUAAGUUCCAGAAUGAUAACUCGUGUCCUAAUAGCAAUGGAACAAAUAGUCACGCGCCGCCCAUACAUCAGAAGCCAAUUAGUAGUGUAGCACCAACAUCGAUUCAUCAUACGAGCAUACCUUCUACAGUCUACCAAACGUCCUCCAUUAAAGUACAACCGGUGGAACCACAAACUAUUACGACCACCAAAACUCCUACUUCCGUGUUUCAGAGUAAUCACGUACAAUCGCCUUUGGGGAACGCGUUGUCACCUCCACAGUCUAGUAGUACUCCUAUGAGUACACCAGAGGUUUCCUUGGAUAGUACACCGAAACCAGCCUUACCACCAAAACCAGCGAUCAAACCACCACCAAGACAAACUCAAAUCUUCAAUGAAGAACAUCUUUCUAGACCGCCGCCCUUGCCACUAUCAGAUCCUCCCGAGGAAAAAUCUUCCCCACCUUUAGGGGCGAGACCACCACCGCUUUUGCCUAGUCAAUCGAAACCGAUGGUCGCUGAGAGUACUAGCAAGCCGAUUCCUAUUAGCCAACCUCAGCAAGCUGAAAUGAUAAUAAAAGCUAAACCGUUGAAUAUUAAGAAGCAACCGUUAAGCGAACAACCUAAACUUAGAAGCCUCAAUUCACAUUCGAAGCUUAAUGGAUUGAUAUUGAAUAAUAAUCGGCGAAUAGAGAUAAUGCCUCCUGCUUACCAGUUUCCGGAAAUACAGAAUCUACCUUCUGCACCGGAGAAACCAGAAACUAUCGCUGCGCCACUACAAGAAAAAGAACUUGCAAAAGAUGAAACGGACAGAAGCUCUAGGUCUUCUGUGGACGACACCAGCAGCAUAGACUCUAAAGAACCCAAGGAAGAUAAUGUAAUAAGGCGAAUAAAGAAAGGAAACUUGAAACAAGUGGGGAAACACAAUUUGUCUAGAAGAGUGAGUUUUGAUCCAUUGGCUCUACUUUUAGAUGCUAGUCUUGAGGGAGAAUUGGAGUUAGUUAAGAAAACUGCUACACAGGUGACCAAUCCAAGUGCGGCUAAUGACGAAGGUAUAACAGCACUGCACAACGCCAUUUGCGCAGGUCACAUAGAAAUAGUCAAGUUUCUGGUCGAGUUCGGUUGCGAUGUCAACGCGCAGGAUAGUGACGGCUGGACGCCGUUGCAUUGCGCAGCGAGUUGCAACAAUCUAACCAUGGUUAAGUUUCUGGUCGAGCAUGGCGCGUGCAUUUUCGCUACCACUUUGAGCGACCACGAGACUGCAGCUGAAAAAUGCGAGGAGGACGAGGAAGGAUUUGACGGAUGCUCGGAGUAUUUGUAUAGUGUACAAGAAAAAUUAGGAAUCCUAAAUACAGGAACCGUUUACGCUGUAUUUGAUUAUACAGCCCAACAGCCGGACGAAUUGACUUUCAAAGCAGGCCAGCUGUUUACCGUGUUGAGAAAAGGAGACGAAAAUGAAAGAGAAUGGUGGUGGUCCAAAUUAGGCGAUAAGGAAGGAUAUGUACCCAGGAAUCUACUGGGGCUUUAUCCAAGGGUCCAGAAAAACGAAGAGAACAACUACUAG